GGGAACGCCGCCUCAAGGUGAAGGUGACUGGAACCGGCUUGACUCGUGGCUGUCUGCGUCCGUUUCUUCUCAAUAAAGUUUUCUUUCGUACAGAAAAGGGUAGGCGGGGGGGCCUCGGCAAGAUGGCGGCGCCCGUGUCGCCCUUGGUUACUGGGCGCUGCUUUCUAAGGGCUGCCGCUCGACACGCUGCUCUCCUGCUAACCGGGUGGGCUGAAGCCGGCGCCCCGCGGAAAGCGUACACAAUUCAGGCAGCUGAGAAAGCUGCCAGUGGCACUCGAGCAGAUGCUAAUUCCAAAGCCUUGUUAAUUUGCAAUGGACCUUUAGAACAUUAUGAGUUUCUGAUCAAAGCCGAGGAGCUGAGGAACGAUGAGCAACAACGAAAAGUUGUACAAUGCCUGCAGAAGCUACAUGAAAACCUUAAAGGCUACAGUAUCAGUCCAAAGCACAUCUUAUCAAAGUUGUUUACAAGAAAUAAACCCCCCAAAGGCCUUUAUGUCUAUGGAGAUGUUGGCACAGGAAAGACAAUGGUGAUGGACAUAUUUUAUUCUCAUAUAGAAGUAGAAAGAAAAAAGAGAGUCCAUUUUCAUGGCUUCAUGUUAGAUGUGCACAAAAGAAUACAUCGCCUUAAACAGAACCUGCCAAAACGGAAACCUGGAUUAAUGGCUAAAUCAUAUGACCCAAUAGCCCCAGUAGCUGCUGAAAUAAGUGAGGAGGCUUGUCUCUUGUGCUUUGAUGAAUUUCAGGUCACAGACAUUGCUGAUGCCAUGAUUCUCAAGCAGCUCUUUGAAAACCUGUUCCAAAAUGGUGUUGUUGUUGUAGCAACAUCCAACAGGCCACCAGAAGAUCUCUAUAAACAUGGGCUCCAAAGAGUGAACUUUGUGCCAUUCAUUGCUGUUCUUAAGAAAUACUGCAGCACUAUCCAGCUGGAUUCCGGAAUAGACUAUAGGAAACAAGCGCUACCAGCAGCAGGAAAGCUAUAUUACCUCACAAGUGAAGCUGAUGUGGAGGCUGUCAUGGAUAAGUUGUUUGAUGAGCUGGCUCAAAAACAAAAUGAUUUAACUAGACCAAGGAUUUUAAAAGUACAAGGCAGAGAGCUGAGAGUGAAUAAAGCGUGUGGAACCAUUGCAGACUUCACAUUUGAAGAGCUGUGUGACAGACCGCUUGGAGCCAGUGAUUACUUGGAAGUAGCUAUGCAUUUUGACCUAGUCUUUGUUCGUCACAUACCUGAGUUUACAAUGGCAAAAAGGACCCAAGCUCGCCGCUUCAUUACUCUUGUUGAUACUUUUUAUGACAAGAAGGUGCGUAUUGUUUGCUCUGCAUCAGCACCACUCCAAAACAUAUUUAUUCAAGAAUCCCAUGAUGGUGGAUUGGAUGCAAGUAGGGUAAUGAUGGACGAUUUGGGGUUGAGCCAGGAUUCAGCUCAAGGACUUUCAAUGUUCACGGGAGAGGAGGAGAUUUUUGCCUUUCAGCGUACCAUCUCACGACUGACUGAAAUGCAGACUGAGCAGUACUGGACGGAGGGGGACAGGAGCAAUCAACCACAGUUGCGAAAAGACUAGCAAAACAGAAAUAGUAGUUGUAAAGAAGAAGAGUUCUAACUCAAUGCUAAAUUAUUUUUUAACAGGCACACUGCCCAAUUUUGCACCUUAUUUCCUAAACAUUUGCCUUUUUAUGUGUUACCAAGGGACAGGUUACAUGCUGGAAUGCUGGUGGGAACAGUUUUAUGCCUGUGUGUGGAAGUCUUUUCUCCAGCCUAACAUGAAGUCUUUCCUGACCAAGAAUCCAAAUCCAGUUUUAAUCUACAAAUUAUGUGGAAAGGAGUGGCACAUACAGUUUAUGGUCUACAUUUGUAUAUCAUACUUCAAAAACUACAUGAUGAACAAAUGAUAGGCUCAAACCAUGCAAAUUAAAUACAUAUUAUUGCACCUGCCUAUCUUUAGUAUUUUGGUUACAGAUAACUGUACCUUCAGUACCCUUAAUUUUUUUUUUUUAGAAAAAAUGAUUCUGGGCAGCAAUUGAAAGAAAUCAGUUUCUCAUUUUACGAAGUACAAAAUCACAUGUUUGCAUUUUGGUAGCUCUGCCAUUCUAAAUGCAUUUCUUAUUUCUGCUUGCCUGCUGCCACGGUAGACCUAUUUAUUGUUAUUCCAUUGCCUAUAUGUGUGACCCCCUGUCUCAAAUUCUUCUGAUAGGGAGGAUGCAAAGAGAAAAUAAAAGUGGAAUUACAGAACCAAGAGUAAAAACUGCCAUUAAGUGGAUAAGUAUCAAAGCAAAAGUGAAUUCACUGUGUCUUGUAUAGGCAGACCAGAUAGGACAAUCUUACAAGACUUGAGGUGAACUUUGUACUGGUAGUGAAAAUGGACUUUAUAUUGGAAUUUGACUAAGUUGUCCUCCUUCCCUCCUGAUGCUGAGGAUCUUUUCAAGCAGCUAUGCACAAGACAAUAAGUGCAAAUCUACACACACUCACAUACCCGCCACCACAAUCCAGUGAUCCUUCUACACCAGAUAGUCACCAUUGCCACAUGUAACAUUGGUGGAUCAUGCUCUUUCACUGAACAGCACAGGAGAAAGCAAUGCAAACACGGAAACAUCUCUUAGCAGUUCAACCGCCCAUCAGUCAUGAUAUUGCUUUAUUAAUAAGACCACCCACAUUGUUCAUUUAGGGAAGGUACCAGUCAAUGAAUGGUGAUGGUAGCAUAACUCUUUGAUACCCAAUGUACACCAAAAACAAUACACACAGUCUGGCAUCCUCAAAGGCACACUUCCCAGUGCAGACCACCAUGGUACAGUAAGCAGGAGGCCAACACUGAUAGUUAUGGCUAUUUACUCCAGGGCUAGUUAAAGACAAUGUCUUGCAGUGGACAAAUGCAGACAACCAGCAAGCAGUCACCAUUUUGUGAGUUAAAUAGGGCCAUGCGUAGAAAGAGAAACCAACAUUCCUUCCAUAAUAGUUGCCCAUGGGCUACUUGAGAAAUCAAAUCCAGUAGGAAAAAAUAUUUCGAGACAGACAAUACAAACAGUAUGACCACUUUUGUUUGAAGGACACAAGCUGUUUUCAAGGUAGAAAGCUGCAUGACAAGGAAAAGGA